AUGGCCGCAAGGGAGAGGUCUCGGGCAGGGACUCGAGCACGCGACCUCUUCUACCUUGCUCGCGCAUGGAAUCCUUUGCUCGUGACCACAGCUAGGGUUUAUCUUCGCGACGAGGAUCUGGCAGGGCCGGCAGGGGCGAUCGCCAUGGCAGAGGUUGGCGCAGCUAUGGCCGCAUUCUUCUCGGAUUUUCUCGCAUUGCUUGGGACAGAUCACGGCGUCGUGCGAUCCCGGAUGGCAUCGUCUCGGGCAAGCGUGGCCGCAUUCGAGCUGGAAUUCGCAAGGUCUGUUGCAUCCGCCAUCGCCGACGAGGCGGAAAUCUUGGAUCUUCCGGACCGGGGUCUCGGUGUCGGGGUGAUUCUGGCAGCGCAGCACCAGUGCAUCACCGAUCGAGUGCUGCUCCUGGAGGAUUUCGAGGAUCUUGCGCCAGAGAUCGCUCUUCCGGCGCUUUCUUUGUCCGGGAUUAUGUUGCUCCUCACCAGCGAGAGAAGGAUUAUCGUGUUCUCCUCGCCUUGGAACUCGUCCACACUGGACACUCGCGGCAAACUUCCAUCAGCUCCAGGACCAUCUAUGGAAGAUGACGAAGACGAUGAUCCACGAUUUCUCCACGAAGGACUAUCUGACGACGAUGAUGAUCCACGAUUUCUCCACGAAGGACCAUCUAUGGCGGAUGACGAGGAAGGACGAUCUGAAGAUGGUCACGUCCUUGGCAUCGUAGCAGGCUUGGUUGAGAAGAUAGACACAGAGCUCCACCACGAGUCCGGCUUCAGUGGGAUUGAUCUUGGUCGCGCCAUCUUCUUCGUCGCCGCAAUCCUGCUGCUCGAGAGCUUUGUGAUCCAGGAAGAACAAGCUCGACUUCAUGCCUUUGAUAUCCUCGUACUCGGAAGCUCUGGCAUGGUCCUUCAAGCUGGGAUAGAUGGUGCCAGAGAUGAGCUUGGAGAUGCAAGGCUUCAUCCUUCGCUGGGUUUGGAGCAUUACGUGCUGGAUUCCAUUCUUCACCAUCCGCUCGAAGAGAGAGACCUCGAGUUUGUGCUUGGUGGCGAGCUUGUAAGUCGCCACAGAAGGACGGAGCUGCAAGUGAUCCCCGAUGAGAAUAAGUUGGCGAGUGUGCUGCGUGAGGCAUGCAAGUACGUGACUCUCGAGCACCUCAGCCGCUUCUUCGACGAUGACAAUCUCUGGCUGGAGAACGGCCAGCAUCUCGUUCAAUCGAGCAGCCCCGGUCGUCGUCAUUCCCACAACUUUGGAUUUUCUCAGUAUCGAGAGCUGGAUUUCUCGCUGGGCUUCCUCGUUCGCCUUGCAAGCGGCGAGGUAGUUAAGGGUGUGCCGGGCAAGUUGGCGGCGAGCUUCGGUGUGGAUCUUCAGGAGCCAGUACUGAUGAAGCCUUCGUCUUUCUCUCACGGGAAGGCUCCACAGGUCGGGGUCGUCAACAAAGACAUCCAGUGGGAUUUCUUCUUGGAUUUGGUUGGAGGAACUGGCUGCGUCGAAAGAAGCAGCAGGGACAGAUUGGUCUUCAUCUACCUCCACAACCUUGCGCUUGCCGCGAUCCGCCUGCUGAUCCGGUGGAGCAGCGAUCGUCUCGACAAUCGGAGCUUCAGGUUUUCGAUGGCCUCUUCGAAAGUUUCCAUUCCACUGGCAGAAGCCAUGGACAUUCGUACCAGAGACAAUGAGGAUUGGACCGUGAAGGACACCCGGUUGUUCCUGUUCUUGGCUGGCGCGCCGACCUUUCCAAGUGCUCGCACGAUCAAGAGGCCAACGAAAGUCUUGCCAGUGCCUGGAGGUCCUUGAAUGAGUGCGAGUCUCUUCGUCAAGGCAUGCUUGAUCGCUGCUUUCUGGCUCGCAUCCAAGGAAACGUAGCCUCGAAGUCGUAGAAGUCUCCUCCAGCUCGGUGCACCAAGUAUGACGGUGGCUUUACCUCUUGAUCCAGCGCGAUAAGGUUGUCAUUGAACGAUUCGAUCAUCGUAUACGCUGUUUCCUGGAGCUCAGCACCAUCGAGUAAGAUCACGUCGACAAGUCCUUGGGCCAGCUCGUCUCUCGAUGCUACCGUUCCAAAGACUACCGACCUCUGGAAGUUGUCGGGACUGAAGCAUACCAGCGCUUCGAACAUGAGACGCUUCGAGUUUUUCCAGUCCUCGUCAACCAUUCUUCGUCGCCGCGUUCCUCGAAUAUCGAAUCUCACUCUCGUUGCAAUGCCUUCUCGGACGAGAGCCACCUGUAUCGGUCGGACGUUCUCAUAGACUCGGACGUCCAGGCGGCCUUUCGCUCGGUUUUGGUGCUGCUUUAUACCGUUCCUCAGCGGCUCGAUGAAGUCUUCUCUCGUGAGCCUGAAGCACUUCUGAUGGAGCGACAAUGUUGAGCAGCUCUGGGGUGGUGGGGAUGAUAGGCGAGCUGCGGAACUCCGAUCCCUGCACAAGGAGAAAGAUCAGUACUUCUCUUGGAGACAACAAGGUCUUAAAAGACUUGCCUGUAAGCACGCAUCCGGGUAUGCUGCCGUGAGUUUGAGCCGGAGCCUUUGCUUGUGUUCUAACAGGGCCGUCGUCUUGUUUGCGAGCUCCACUUUCAACGGACAUUCGGGAACAAGAUCCAGAGAAUCCUUGAUCUCGUGCAGAGGAACGGCUCCAGCUUCUGCGCGGUCGGGGGUGUGAGAGUGUUGAUGUGAACCUGGAGAUCUUUGAGGAAGCUCGAUCCAAGCAGCGAACCGAAGAUCAAGUUGGUGUUGUGCUUGAGCAUGCUGCACCGGAUUCCUUCCUUGGUCAGCAACUUCACCAGCAUGUUUGCCGACUUGAGGCCGAGAUGCGGACUCGAGAGAACGUUUUGAAGCGCUUGGAGUCCUUCCGCCGAGCUGAGAUACUCGAUGUUGUCGGUCGAGUGCUGUUCAAGCUGCGUGAUCAGCCACCUUUCGAUGUGAGGCCCCGAAGCAAAGGUGGUGCUUGUGGCGUUCGAGGAGCUCGAGCCGUGCGAGAACCUACACAGAGCUCCUGGACGGUGGUUGAUACUUUCCCACUGCUGCUGGCUGCUGCUGCUCUACGGUCACUCUUCCAGAGCUCCUGGCCGGUGGUUGAUACUUCCCCGCUGCUGGUUUCGGAAUGGCUGGCUGCUGCUGCUGCUCUACGAUAACGAAUUUCUCCGCUGCUGGCUGCUGCUGCUCUACGAUCACGAACUUUGGCAUGCGGCGCUUGGAAGCGCAGUCCUCGAGCACGAGAGCCAACUCCAGAUCCGAUGGAACGGCGACGAGCUCCUUGGUGUCGUCCUCGAACAUGACGGCGGCCGGGGUUUGCAGCCUGUCAAACGUUUCUCUCGCGACUGUGAGAAGCUCCGCGAGGCUUUGGUGCUCGGCGAAGCGGACGAGUCGAGUGGUUUCAUGGUACCGCAGCUUCACCAGGCGAUUGGACGCGACCUCCUGCUGGGAUGGAAAGUGGUCAUCGAGGCAGCAAAGCUGGCAGCAAACUUUACCUCUGGAGCGCUGGUUGACGACGAUGAUCCAUCUCCAGCUACCAGAGCACUAAGAUUCAACGGAAGAACAACACGGCCAUGGCGCUUCUUCGUCUCUCUCGACAUCGCAGCGAUGGGGAGUGAGAGAGCUUGGUUGAUCUCGAUACGUUGGUCUCGAUCGUGGUUCUUUGUUUCGCGCUGAGGUGGCUAGCAGUCUUGCAUCAAUGGGAGAGACUAGACAUGCAUUCUUAUGAUUUAGCUAUAGAUGCCAACCUUGUAAGCGGGAGAUUCGAUUGUGAAAGUGAAAGCUACCGUGGUUUCACGAA